AGGAUCCGUCUUCGAUUGAUAUUGAUCCGACCCCCAGUGUUUCCCCGAGCGCAUUCCGAAAAUCGAAAAAUCAAGCAGCUGCGUCGCAAACGCACUGAAGCUUUUUAUUUUCAUUUUUAUUUUUCUCGAUUUCGUCUUCUAAAUUCAAACGCAUUCUUUUUUUUGUUAUUUUUCUUUUCGUUUUGCAGCAGCGAGCGACGAGUCGCAAUCUCUAGCUGUGGCUCAAAUACAUAGUCGCAUCGUUGCUAUGGAGAAAAUUACUCAGAAACAGUGAUUAGAAUUCAAAUUGAUGAGGGCAUUGUCACAACUCAACAUGUCUUCACUACUUAGGGGCGAUGACGCUAAGAAUCAGCGUACGACCGUGUUCUGGCGAUGCCAACAGGGGCAAAGAAGAUGCAGGCUUUCUGGCUUUCGCACCUGUUGCGAGCGUCCGUCUUGAUUCCUGAACACAUCGCGAACGCCGCUUUGAACGGUCGACAGAAGUGUAAACACAGGAAGAAUUAUCAACAAACAGCGUUUUUUCAGCAGCGCGCGAGUGCUUCUGCUGUAGUUCCCAAACACCGUGAAGUAAAUCCAGAAGAAGCGGCAGAACAGGGUGACCCUCGCGAGGACGACAAAGCACGUUCAGGGAACACAUCGACCACUACAGCUUCACUACCUAGUACCCACAAUCGUACACCGAACGACCUAGCUCUCCCACCUUCUCCAGCAUUUGAACCAAAUUUUGGAGCAGGAAUCGAUCCAACCCCACGACCUCACUCCCCCGACCACGACCCCCAAAUGGAAAAGAUGAUGAACCUUUUGACCAAAAGCCCACUGGCCAAGAACGAGUGCGACCCGAUCACGCUGCAGUGUAGCUGCAAGUGCGGGGAAUGCGUGUUCCAUGUGGCGGACGUGAACGCGUGCAAGAAACAACCACUCCAAAUCUUUCACUGCCAUUGCAGCUCCUGCCGGCGGCACGCGGGCGCAGCCUGGGGCUCGUAUCUCACGCAGAAUGGCAAGCCCUUCUCGUAUAUCAAGUGCAAAUGUCGUCCCUCUCUGUCUGUAAGAAUGCAAGAUUUAUUGUGAUGCAAUUCGCGGACCACGCAUAUGGUCUGGAAUGCUGUACACAGACCCAUCGCAGAUUUUACGAGACCGUUUUGUUGCACAUAUUUCGGCUAGAAAUUCGGCCUUUUCCUUUGCAAGAAGUGGGGAGCUUUUGGCUGGUUCAUGCAACACAGUUUUUCUGUGGUCGAAACUUGUUCGCACAACAAGAAGAGCAAGCUGCAUCCUUCCAGACAUCCAGACAUGUUUGCAAUGCAUACGGUACAGGAACAACAUUGACGUUGCGAAGUCGAAUUUCUGGGAGCUCGAUGUGCCGUGCAAAACGGUAGAAAAGUUUCAGGCGAUGAUGGGACCAAAAGAAGAGGCGUGCAUGGAGGUGCCAAGAAAGAUCCUGUGCAAGAAGUGCAAAUCGAUCCUGAUGAUCCGGUUCGGUGAGGACCAGGUCGUGGUCGCCGCUGGGAGCAUAGACGACGGCGACUACGAGGACGAUGAUAAAGGCAGGGUGCCCGUAGAAGAGCUUUGGCCUGCCAAGAAGUAUAAUUUCUGUCUUUGUUAUAGUUCUAGUUGCGCUAAGUGAGCGUUUUGGAUUGGGAUGCGAUUUUCUCCAUCGAUUUCUCUACUUCAAUAUCCUAUAGUUACUAUGCGUUCUUGACCGGCGCAUGAUUUCUGAUGUUGCGUGCUGACCAUGCUUCUAUACACUUGAAAAUUAUCAUCCAGAUAUCCUUCCGUCCUGAAAACCCCCGUCGGACGGGAUUUUUCUGUCGACGAGCGCGCGGGGUGGUAUGUGAAGGAAGCUGGGUCCUCUCAAAAGAAGUACCGACAGCGCGAAAAGAAGAUUGUGACCGCCGAGGCGAGCAAAAACGCCAAGCGGGCACCGUGGACGAAUCCUGAGGUAACCGGUGGCUGCUACUGCGGUGCGGUCAAGUUCUAUCCCACGAAAAAAGUGUUACAGUUACACAUUUGUAGUCAAUUUAGCAACACAAAUUUCUCUGCGUGAGUGAGAAAACUUGUAAUGCAGAAAUCCUACGGGAAAACACCUAUGAAACGAGGCCUGUAUGCAUAUCCGGCAUGACCGAGCUUGCCUGUCUUGCUUGGCCUGCAAGACAAUGUGUAACUGUAACACUUUUUUGUUUUUCUUGCGAUAAGUUCGAGGCCCGCGUUUUCCCGCCAGAGCUGCAGCACUGCUACUGCUCCGUGUGCCGCAAGUUCUCCGGCGCGAGCUUCCAAACGUGGGCGUGGGUCUACAACAAACACCUGCUAUCAAAUGCAAAAAUGUCUGGGUCUGGAAACUUGUAGUGCUGCGUUGGGAAUAGUGAAUGCUCUGUAAUGCACGGCCAAGAAUGAGAAAUAUCCGCGCUUCUUUGUGUUGCGUUUUUCGCAUGACAAAGUGCGUUUUUGCAUGACAGGCGAAGGAGUCUCUUCUUGUUCUUGGACACGCAUCACAAACUUUUUGGUCAUGCCAGACAAGCAUGACAAAUCUCGGAAUCUUCCAGACCCAUACAUUUUUGCAUUUGAUACCUGCGGUGGAUCGACGAAUUCAAGCAGCUCAAGUUCGAAAAAACGUCCAGCGAGGGCGGGCGGCAUUUCUGCAAACUGUGCGGCACGACGAUGACCAUCGUGUACGACGACGAGGCGAAAUCGACCACCUGGCUGGCCGCCGGGUGCUACGACGACGAGAGCCUGUUCGAGCGAGAGGAACAGAAGUGCGGCAGCAAGGCUGGAGCCACUCCUUCUACGGGAGAACGGUCCUUCCGUAGCAACAUUCUGAAGCGACACGUCCUCGGCGCUGGUGCUGCUGCGCCUCAGGACGAGAAAAAUACAGCCGAUUAUAAUAACAGCGACACUGAGGAUCCCUCGGGGGCCUUAUCUUCAAAGCCUCGCUCGCAGCCCGAAACGUCGGAACCUAACAGCGGUGCAACCACGGUUAGUACGACCGCAGAUAGUAGAAGUAGAGGGGAAUCGCCUGCGUCAGCAAGGAGUGACACGAAGCCAGGCUCACUAGAAGAACCCAAAGUAAAUAGCGACGUGAAAAAAGUACCAGAGGCUGGAGCGGCGACAAGUGUAGUUUCCGAGGAAGAAAAGAAGAAGCAACUCGAGUACGUGUGGCGGCGUUUGUAUGAGGUCAGCCACAUAUGUUGCCUCAGCGUGCAACCCUGGUACCGCAUACCUGAUGACGUUGGCACGACCAGGACACCUUUAGCCGGAUGACUGCGAGACGUCGUAGUUAUCCUCUUGGCGUUGCGUUCCCUGUUAAGUCGGCCUCGGCUCCGCCUCUAGCCCUACUGUAAUUCCAUGUAGAAGUGUAGUAGGGGAUCGACAUCGAGAUCACUGAUAUUCACUCCGUCAGGGUACUUGUAUGAGUUUAUGUUUCACCGACGACGACGACGACGAAAAUUAAUUAUUUAUCAGGAACGGACUGAGUUUCGAUUUUGACGGAUUUGUAUCUCCAUUAAGGAGUACCAAUUGUCCACGCCAGCCUAUAGUACGAAAGCGGAAACUUUGACGUUACCUACCUACGAAAUUUUGGAGCGUUGACGCUCCCGAUUCGCGACAAUUGUUUUCCCUGCACCAGCAUGGAUGAUGAUAGCCAUAGCCAAUUUUGAGUCGCUCUUCAAAGGCGAACACGUUCCCCUACAUUGAAUUACGAAAGCUACCUGGCGACACCUUCAGAGCGAGAUUAGUAUGUUACGAACCGACCUUGGAUUUUUCACUUUUCCAAGGUCAGUCUAGUCUGCCUUUUCCUUCAUCUUGCGCUGUUUUCUAAAGAGCGCAACUCCAUGGGUGUAGGAAACACUAUUGGUUUGUGGU